AUGGAAGCAGCGGCGAAGAAGGUCCAACUGCUGGCCCAGCGCAUUCUGCCCGACCGACCGCACCACCUCUCUAUCACUCCUGACCAACGCUAUCGCGUCCCGCCGGAUCAAAGCAAGGUCUUCGAGGAGUUCAAGUACCAACGCCUGCAGUACAUGACCCUGCUGUCCGACGCUGAUCGCGGCAUGUUACUCACCCGUCCAUACUAUGACAUGCGCGAGGAACCUCCGAAUCCAAUCGCCGCCAAGGAGUCGAACGUGAAGAUGGAAAAAAAGACAGUCACCAAGCUGUCGCUGAGUGAUUACAAGAAUAAACAGAAGAAGGCAUCCGCGUCACCCACCGACUCGGGAACCCCCAAGACAGACGCCUCUAGGAGAGAGGCAACGGACAGUCGAAUCGACCGCGAACCAAAGAAGACCGAUGCCCACAGGGUACGAGAUUCAGAAGCAUCAAAGGAAUCAAAGGCGCAUAAGUCGCGCGAUGUUCCUAAUGACGACAGGUGCGAUUGCGAUAGAAGUCUACUUAUACUAUUUGACAUGGCGCUAACGACACCAACUAGAUCAAGUAGAACCGAGGCAAGGUCUAGGCCAACGCAGGAGAGCAAUGAUACCCCAGAGAAGCGGAAACGAGUCCACGAUGCCGACGGCGAUCUGCGACCUCAAAAACGAGCGCGGCCCGAAGCCAGCACCCCGCUUGACGAUCGAUCGCGAACGCCCCGAGAUGAUACCCCGAAAAGAAAAGAGUUGCAUACCUCCCUGGAUAGGACACCGCAGAAGGACAGCAAAUCGGGCGCGGCCUCGUCGUCUUUGCCAAAUGGGAGGUCCGCUCUGAAGGCGGCAUUGGGCUCAGGUGCCAACAAGUCGCCAGUAUCACGCGCCAGGGGCGAUUCCAUCAAUGGCAACAGGCCGAGCCCCUCUCUAAGCGGCAAGAGCAAGACAGAUCCGUCAUCAAGGAGUGCAAUGCCGCCGCUACUUUCACCCCUACACCUGCCGAACGAUUCGGACUCUCACCCCAAAGAUAAAAGGAGACGCGAUGACAAUGGCGAGCCAAACAGACCACCAAAGCCUUCCAGGGCAGAGCCACCGCCGCCGCCUCCACCUAAAAGACAAAAGUCCCCCGUCAGACUGCCGGCGCUUCUGUCUCCCACAUUACCGCCCGCGCUCGAGGAGGAACUGGCUCGGAUGAAGAAGACACCGACUAAGGGAUCAACACCAAGCCAGAAACUACAUCCACCAGAGUCGCCUACCAGCAACAAGAGACCGCCUGUGAUUGUUAAGGACGAGGAGGAAGAUCGGAAAGACGUUAAGGACAAGAUCAAGGAGAAACCACGCAACAGGUUGAUGGUGACUCUAAAGUAUCCAAGGAAGAUCUCCAAGACGGUUCAGAGACUGCUGGCUCUUCCGCCCAAGAAGGACACGAUUAAGAAAGAGCGAUCUGUGAGCAUAGAGCCCCCAGCACCGCCCCAGGCAAGGAAAAGACCCAUCGGAAGCACGGAGAAUGUUGGCGACUCGAUUGCCGUCAAACGGCCAAGGACGUCUGAGGUCUCUAGCUCCAAGCUUGUUACCCCCUCAACUCCCUCGAAGGCCGCGACGUCAAUGUCAAGGGUAGCCUCGAGCAACUCGGUAAACACUCCUGGCGACGGCAGCGGCCAUACUCCCGCAGCUCCGCCUUCAGCAGACCGAGACCGACCGCAAACGAGGGAUUUCAGGGAACCGUAUAACCCCCUGAAGAUACAAGCGCUGCGCGAACGAUAUGCACGGUUUAGCAAGCUCGGAACGAAGUUGAAGCAUGAUCGCGAUAUGUUGCUGGAGCGGAAAAAUGACCGAAGUGGGCAUAGCUCAGACUCAGACAGCAAGCUGGGCGUCAUCUUGGGUCUCGAGACGGCUCUGGCCUUCAUGAUUGGCUUCAGGGCGGUGGUGGACGCGCGCUCAAUAGAGAGCAAGGCCCAAGAUCCGAAGCAAUGGGGCAGCAUCUUACCGGUGCUCAACGUCAUGAGACCGGAGCUGCGCAGGAGCGGACCAUUAGAGGCUUUGUUCUGGCAGAUCCAGGGCGUGAUCCAUGAGGAGCUUCUCAGGUGUUACUGGUCCAUCGACCCAAGUCCACACGCGGUAGCCAUCAUUGGUCACGAACGAGGUCGCUCGAAUGCAUGGAAGUCGGCUCAGGACUUUGCUGAGCGGGUCGAGGACAGCGCGAUGCGUGCAAACAUGGGUCCGUGGACUACAGUGGAGGAAGCCGUCUCUUCGGCGUUGAGGAUCAUGCGACGCUGGGCUCAUCAGGAGCACGUUUCGUGGCGCGCCGAGGUCACAGUCUCAGCGGCCAACGGAACAUCAUAG